AUGGAUUUUGUGCGGCACUUUCAGCAAGUAGACCACGAUCUUCUCCGACCUUCAGGGUCCUAUGUUGGUGUCAAGAGCAUGCCCGAUGAUGCACGCAUGGAGAAGGAUUCCGACGAUGGUGAUGCGCCUGCAAGUUCAAGUGAAAUGAUACGAGACUGUCCGGAAGAUUUUGGAGAUGAGGCUGAGGACUUACCAGAAGGGCUUGACAUUGAUGACUUCUUUCCCGACACUGUAGAUGACAUCGAGAAGGGAGAAAGGUCAGCCGAUACAAGGGAGUCAAAUUACCUGCUCAUGGAUGAGAAGAAGUACCUGAAGUCAUCAAUCAUAAGCUCCCUACUCACCUCUAACUGGUCAUGA